ACAAACACUGCGACGCUGCAAGAAGACGCAAAGAUGGUCAUGACCAAAAGCUUAGCGCCGGUCAUCUUCACCCUCUUCUCUUGCUACCUCUCCAUCUACUCCUUAGCUUCGUCCGGUGACUUCCUCCAAUGCCUCACGAAGAACAUCCCCAGCCAGCUCGUGUACACUCAGAGCUCGCCUUCGUUCACGUCGGUCCUGGUGUCCUCCAUCAGGAACCCAAUGUUCUUCACGCCUAGAACGGUGAGGCCGCUCUGGAUCGUCACGCCCACGAACGCCUCCCACGUGCAGGCCGCCGUGGUCUGUGGCCGCCGGCACGGUGUGCGCCUCCGCGUGCGCAGCGGCGGGCACGACUACGAGGGCUUGUCGUACCGGUCCGAGCGCCCCGAGGAGUUCGCCGUGGUCGACCUGUCCAACCUCCGCGCCGUCCAUAUCAACGAGCAGACGUCCACCGCGUGGGUAGACUCCGGCGCGACGCUCGGCGAGCUGUACUACGCCAUCGGGCAGGUGAGCAACCAGCUGGCGUUCCCGGCCGGCCUGUGCCCAACCAUCGGAGUGGGAGGGCAUUUAAGCGGCGGCGGCUUCGGCAUGCUGCUGCGCAAGUACGGCGCUGCCAUCGACAACGUUCUCGAUGCCGUGCUUGUGGACGCCAAGGGGAGGCUUCUGGACAAAAACGCCAUGGGAAGCGACGUCUUCUGGGCCAUCCGAGGAGGCAGCGGCGAGAGCUUCGGCAUAGUGCUGUCGUGGCAGGUGAGGCUUGUGCCCGUCCCGCCAACGGUCACGGCGUUCAGCGUCCCAGUGUCCGUCGACCAGGGCGCCGUAGGUAUCGUGACCAAAUGGCAGGAAGUCGCCCCGGCCCUCCCGGACGACCUGUUCAUCAGGGUUCUCGUCCAGAAACAGACGGCCAACUUCCAGUCCCUGUACCUCGGCACGUGCGACGCGCUCCUGCCGGUGAUGACCAGCCGCUUCCCGGAGCUCGGGGUGAACCGCACGCACUGCAAAGAGAUGACCUGGAUCCAGUCCGUGCCAUACUUCUUCCUGGGCAGCGGCGCGACAGUGGAGGACAUCCUGAACCGCACCACCUCCCUGAGCAUAUACACCAAGGCCACGUCCGACUACGUCCGGCAGGCCAUCGCCCGGGACGUGUGGCCGGAGAUAUUAACCUGGCUCUCGGAGCCCGAGGCCGGGCUCAUGAUCCUGGACCCCUACGGCGCGGCGAUCGGCAGCAUCCCGGAGUCGGCGACGCCGUUCCCGCACCGUGCCGGCGUGUUAUACAACAUCCAGUACGUGAACUUCUGGUUCGCUAGUGGAGACGGAGAAGCUCAUACGAAGUGGAUCAGGGACUUCUACGCGUUCAUGGAGCCGUACGUGAGCAAGAAUCCGAGGGAGGCGUACUUUAACUACAGGGACCUUGGCCUUGGCGAGAACGUCGUUGUGCGCAACGUCAGCAGCUACGAGGCCGGCAAGGUCUGGGGUGAGAAGUACUUCAAGGAUAACUAUAAGAGGCUCGCGGUCGCGAAGGGUGAGAUCGACCCCGAUGACUACUUCAGGAACGAGCAGAGCAUUCCACCACUUGUGCCGAGCAAGUGAUCAGCGGAAUGGCGCGCGCGCGCGGUGUAACAUUUUUUUUGUUUUUUGUUUUUUGCGGGUUGCGGUCCAACAACUUUGAAAAACAUAUUUAGAUACAACUGCUCCAAAUUUGCAUAUAUGGUAGCUGCACAGUAAUUGUAUGUGUAUUUAUCUGUUCAUCCACGUUUCAGGUACGAACAUGUGUAUCUUCGUUCCAUUGUAUUUUGUGCUCGUGUCUUCCAUUGAUGCGCACCUCCAUUUUUCACAAGAAAUAAAUGUACUGUUAAAGUAUGGGAA